AUGAUUUUCCAGCAAGAGUCACACAGCGAAUCAUUUCAAAGAGUGACACCAAUACGACCUCGUAGCCAAAUUUCUAAUGCUAUUUUUGGCGGAUCUGAGUCUCCGGUGAGUUCAAUUGUCAAUUUAAAAACUAUCGAAUAGUGAGCACUGUUUUGAAAGUUAGAAUUGGCGGUUUUCGAAGGUUCUUCUGAACAGAAAUUCUCAUCAGAGUCAGGGCAAAAUUUAUAAAAACUACUUCAUAGCCUCGUUUGGAAUCAGUCGAUUUUUCAACAGUUCGAGGCAAAGUCGGAGACGCAAAAAGCUAACGAGAGAAGGCCCGAAAGCAGCGGUGGCAACGCUGACGAAAAUAAUAAGACAGCCGCAAGUGGGAUAAACGACGCCAUGUUGAGCGACAAGAAAACAGCGACAGUGUUCAGAAACCGGAACAGAGCUUCGCAGGUUCUGAUUUCAUAUAACAUCAUCAUCUUUUUUUUCAUGAAUUUUCAGCUAUUCGAAUCGUCGAAAACAACAAAUUCAACUUCUUUUCAUAAAACAACCACACAGGACGCAAAUAAUUUCAAAGAGGAACCAGGUUGGAUUCCCAAUUGAACAAUGAAAAAUCGCUGAGGAUUAAGGCAGAAAAACAGAAAAGACUUCCAACAAUGGAAUUUACGAGAACAGUCGUGAAAAGGUUUUGAAAAAAAUAGUUCUAUGGCAAAAAAAAAAGUUUAGACAACCCACAACGGGGCGGGGCGGAACUCGUCCAGUACUAGAGGUUUACACAAAAAUGUUCGUAAGAAAAACUUUCAUUUACAGUUGUGAGUGGAAGAGCCGUUCGUAACAAAAGCGAAAUUUUUGAAUCGGUGGGAACUGACAAGGUUGUGACUGCUGUAAUAUAUUGUUUAAACAGAAAUUUUCAGUUGCCCCCAAUAAAAACUACCAGAAAAAUCAUCAAAAUGGAACAAUCGAAAAAAGAUGACGGGAAAACUUUAUCGUUGCCUUCGCCACACCAUUUUAAUCGCAACCAGAAGUCUUCUAUUUCCAGCAUACUUCACGAUUCGAAUUCCAUAGAGAGAUUCGCGGUGAACGAUCAGUCGAAAGCUGCUCAAACGACUAGGACUGCAACCACACACCACACCGUAACAAAGAAUGGUAGAGAACAUUCAAGUACUACUGUAACUGUUUGCGAUUCAAAGAAGACAGCAAAAACGGAAGAAGAAUCGAACUUUAACCCAAUAAAAAUGGAGAAACAUCAGAAAAUUGAUCCAGAGAACUACAAAAGUUCCGAGACGACUACUCAAACAAAGAAAGGCUACACUGUCGUCCAAGCUGAGCGUUACCAGAUAAGAAAGCCAGAAGACAACAAGAUUCUGCCAGCUGAAGGUUCUUUCACUGCCACAACGCAGAACCAAGAAGACUUCCACAGCACCAAGGGAGACCGCUUCGAUGCGAAAAGGCCGCAAGACCAUGGAAUCCUACAGAACGAUGGCAGCUUUGUUGCUCGAACUCAAACCCAAGAAGACUUCACUGCAGUCAAAGGAGAGCGUUACCAGAUAAGAAAGCCAGAAGACAACAAGAUUCUGCCAGCUGAAGGUUCUUUCACUGCCACAACGCAGAACCAAGAAGACUUCCACAGCACCAAGGGAGACCGCUUCGAUGCGAAAAAAAGCCGCAAGACCAUGGAAUCCUACAGAACGAUGGCAGCUUUGUUGCUCGAACUCAAACCCAAGAAGACUUCACUGCAGUCAAAGGAGAGCGUUACCAGAUAAGAAAGCCAGAAGACAACAAGAUUCUGCCAGCUGAAGGUUCUUUCACCGCCACAACGCAGAACCAAGAAGACUUCCACAGCACCAAGGGAGACCGCUUCGAUGCGAAAAAAAGCCGCAAGACCAUGGUAUCCUUCAGAACGAUGGCAGCUUUGUUGCUCGAACUCAAACCCAAGAAGACUUCACUGCAGUCAAAGGAGAGCGUUACCAGAUAAGAAAGCCAGAAGACAACAAGAUUCUGCCAGCUGAAGGUUCUUUCACUGCCACAACGCAGAACCAAGAAGACUUCCACAGCACCAAGGGAGACCGCUUCGAUGCGAAAAAGCCGCAAGACCAUGGUAUCCUUCAGAACGAUGGCAGCUUUGUUGCUCGAACUCAAACCCAAGAAGACUUCACUGCAGUCAAAGCAGAGCGUUACCAGAUAAGAAAGCCAGAAGACAGCAAGAUUCUGCCAGCUGAAGGUUCUUUCACUGCCACAACGCAGAACCAAGAAGACUUCCACAGCACCAAGGGAGACCGCUUCGAUGCGAAAAGGCCGCAAGACCAUGGAAUCCUACAGAACGAUGGCAGCUUUGUUGCUCGAACUCAAACCCAAGAAGACUUCACUGCAGUCAAAGGAGAGCGUUACCAGAUAAGAAAGCCAGAAGACAACAAGAUUCUGCCAGCUGAAGGUUCUUUCACUGCCACAACGCAGAACCAGGAAGACUUCCACAGCACCAAGGGAGACCGCUUCGAUGCGAAAAAGCCGCAAGACCAUGGUAUCCUUCAGAACGAUGGCAGCUUUGUUGCUCGAACUCAAACCCAAGAAGACUUCACUGCAGUCAAAGGAGAGCGUUACCAGAUAAGAAAGCCAGAAGACAACAAGAUUCUGCCAGCUGAAGGUUCUUUCACUGCCACAACGCAGAACCAGGAAGACUUCCACAGCACCAAGGGAGACCGCUUCGAUGCGAAAAAAAGCCGCAAGACCAUGGUAUCCUUCAGAACGAUGGCAGCUUUGUUGCUCGAACUCAAACCCAAGUAGACUUCACUGCAGUCAAAGGAGAGCGUUACCAGAUAAGAAAGCCAGAAGACAGCAAGAUUCUGCCAGCUGAAGGUUCUUUCACUGCCACAACGCAGAACCAAGAAGACUUCCACAGCACCAAGGGAGACCGCUUCGAUGCGAAAAAAAGCCGCAAGACCAUGGUAUCCUUCAGAACGAUGGCAGCUUUGUUGCUCGAACUCAAACCCAAGAAGACUUCACUGCAGUCAAAGGAGAGCGUUACCAGAUAAGAAAGCCAGAAGACAGCAAGAUUCUGCCAGCUGAAGGUUCUUUCACUGCCACAACGCAGAACCAAGAAGACUUCCACAGCACCAAGGGAGACCGCUUCGAUGCGAAAAAAAGCCGCAAGACCAUGGUAUCCUUCAGAACGAUGGCAGCUUUGUUGCUCGAACUCAAACCCAAGAAGACUUCACUGCAGUCAAAGGAGAGCGUUACCAGAUAAGAAAGCCAGAAGACAACAAGAUUCUGCCAGCUGAAGGUUCUUUCACUGCCACAACGCAGAACCAGGAAGACUUCCACAGCACCAAGGGAGACCGCUUCGAUGCGAAAAAGCCGCAAGACCAUGGUAUCCUUCAGAACGAUGGCAGCUUUGUUGCUCGAACUCAAACCCAAGUAGACUUCACUGCAGUCAAAGGAGAGCGUUACCAGAUAAGAAAGCCAGAAGACAACAAGAUUCUGCCAGCUGAAGGUUCUUUCACUGCCACAACGCAGAACCAGGAAGACUUCCACAGCACCAAGGGAGACCGCUUCGAUGCGAAAAAGCCGCAAGACCAUGGUAUCCUUCAGAACGAUGGCAGCUUUGUUGCUCGAACUCAAACCCAAGAAGACUUCACUGCAGUCAAAGGAGAGCGUUACCAGAUAAGAAAGCCAGAAGACAACAAGAUUCUGCCAGCUGAAGGUUCUUUCACUGCCACAACGCAGAACCAGGAAGACUUCCACAGCACCAAGGGAGACCGCUUCGAUGCGAAAAAAAGCCGCAAGACCAUGGUAUCCUUCAGAACGAUGGCAGCUUUGUUGCUCGAACUCAAACCCAAGAAGACUUCACUGCAGUCAAAGGAGAGCGUUACCAGAUAAGAAAGCCAGAAGACAGCAAGAUUCUGCCAGCUGAAGGUUCUUUCACUGCCACAACGCAGAACCAGGAAGACUUCCACAGCACCAAGGGAGACCGCUUCGAUGCGAAAAGGCCGCAAGACCAUGGAAUCCUACAGAACGAUGGCAGCUUUGUUGCUCGAACUCAAACCCAAGAAGACUUCACUGCAGUCAAAGGAGAGCGUUACCAGAUAAGAAAGCCAGAAGACAACAAGAUUCUGCCAGCUGAAGGUUCUUUCACUGCCACAACGCAGAACCAAGAAGACUUCCACAGCACCAAAGGAGACCGCUUCGAUGCAAAAAGACCGCAAGACCAUGGAAUCCUACAGAACGAUGGCAGCUUUGUUGCUCGAACUCAAACCCAAGAAGACUUCACUGCAGUCAAAGGAGAGCGUUACCAGAUAAGAAAGCCAGAAGACAACAAGAUUCUGCCAGCUGAAGGUCCUUUCACUGCCACAACGCAGAACCAAGAAGACUUCCACAGCACCAAGGGAGACCGCUUCGAUGCAAAAAGACCGCAAGACCAUGGAAUCCUACAGAACGAUGGCAGCUUUGUUGCUCGAACUCAAACCCAAGAAGACUUCACUGCAGUCAAAGGAGAGCGUUACCAGAUAAGAAAGCCAGAAGACAACAAGAUUCUGCCAGCUGAAGGUUCUUUCACUGCCACAACGCAGAACCAAGAAGACUUCCACAGCACCAAGGGAGACCGCUUCGAUGCAAAAAGGCCGCAAGACCAUGGAAUCAUCCAGAACGAUGGCAGCUUUGUUGCUCGAACUCAAACCCAAGAAGACUUCACUGCAGUCAAAGGAGAGCGUUACCAGAUAAGAAAGCCAGAAGACAACAAGAUUCUGCCAGCUGAAGGUUCUUUCACUGCCACAACGCAGAACCAAGAAGACUUCCACAGCACCAAGGGAGACCGCUUCGAUGCAAAAAGACCGCAAGACCAUGGAAUCCUACAGAACGAUGGCAGCUUUGUUGCUCGAACUCAAACCCAAGAAGACUUCACUGCAGUCAAAGGAGAGCGUUACCAGAUAAGAAAGCCAGAAGACAACAAGAUUCUGCCAGCUGAAGGUUCUUUCACUGCCACAACGCAGAACCAAGAAGACUUCCACAGCACCAAGGGAGACCGCUUCGAUGCAAAAAAAGGCCGCAAGACCAUGGAAUCAUCCAGAACGAUGGCAGCUUUGUUGCUCGAACUCAAACCCAAGAAGACUUCACUGCAGUCAAAGGAGAGCGUUACCAGAUAAGAAAGCCAGAAGACAACAAGAUUCUGCCAGCUGAAGGUUCUUUCACUGCCACAACGCAGAACCAGGAAGACUUCCACAGCACCAAGGGAGACCGCUUCGAUGCGAAAAAAAGCCGCAAGACCAUGGUAUCCUUCAGAACGAUGGCAGCUUUGUUGCUCGAACUCAAACCCAAGAAGACUUCACUGCAGUCAAAGGAGAGCGUUACCAGAUAAGAAAGCCAGAAGACAACAAGAUUCUGCCAGCUGAAGGUUCUUUCACUGCCACAACGCAGAACCAGGAAGACUUCCACAGCACCAAGGGAGACCGCUUCGAUGCGAAAAGGCCGCAAGACCAUGGAAUCCUACAGAACGAUGGCAGCUUUGUUGCUCGAACUCAAACCCAAGAAGACUUCACUGCAGUCAAAGGAGAGCGUUACCAGAUAAGAAAGCCAGAAGACAACAAGAUUCUGCCAGCUGAAGGUUCUUUCACUGCCACAACGCAGAACCAAGAAGACUUCCACAGCACCAAAGGAGACCGCUUCGAUGCAAAAAGACCGCAAGACCAUGGAAUCCUACAGAACGAUGGCAGCUUUGUUGCUCGAACUCAAACCCAAGAAGACUUCACUGCAGUCAAAGGAGAGCGUUACCAGAUAAGAAAGCCAGAAGACAACAAGAUUCUGCCAGCUGAAGGUUCUUUCACUGCCACAACGCAGAACCAAGAAGACUUCCACAGCACCAAGGGAGACCGCUUCGAUGCAAAAAGACCGCAAGACCAUGGAAUCCUACAGAACGAUGGCAGCUUUGUUGCUCGAACUCAAACCCAAGAAGACUUCACUGCAGUCAAAGGAGAGCGUUACCAGAUAAGAAAGCCAGAAGACAACAAGAUUCUGCCAGCUGAAGGUCCUUUCACUGCCACAACGCAGAACCAAGAAGACUUCCACAGCACCAAGGGAGACCGCUUCGAUGCAAAAAAAGACCGCAAGACCAUGGAAUCCUACAAAACGAUGGCAGCUUUGUUGCUCGAACUCAAACCCAAGAAGACUUCACUGCAGUCAAAGGAGAGCGUUAUCAGAUAAGAAAGCCAGAAGACAACAAGAUUCUGCCAGCUGAAGGUUCUUUCACUGCCACAACGCAGAACCAAGAAGACUUCCACAGCACCAAGGGAGACCGCUUCGAUGCAAAAAGGCCGCAAGACCAUGGAAUCAUCCAGAACGAUGGCAGCUUUGUUGCUCGAACUCAAACCCAAGAAGACUUCACUGCAGUCAAAGGAGAGCGUUACCAGAUAAGAAAGCCAGAAGACAACAAGAUUCUGCCAGCUGAAGGUUCUUUCACUGCCACAACGCAGAACCAAGAAGACUUCCACAGCACCAAGGGAGACCGCUUCGAUGCAAAAAGGCCGCAAGACCAUGGAAUCAUCCAGAACGAUGGCAGCUUUGUUGCUCGAACUCAAACCCAAGAAGACUUCACUGCAGUCAAAGGAGAGCGUUACCAGAUAAGAAAGCCAGAAGACAACAAGAUUCUGCCAGCUGAAGGUUCUUUCACUGCCACAACGCAGAACCAGGAAGACUUCCACAGCACCAAGGGAGACCGCUUCGAUGCGAAAAAAAGCCGCAAGACCAUGGUAUCCUUCAGAACGAUGGCAGCUUUGUUGCUCGAACUCAAACCCAAGAAGACUUCACUGCAGUCAAAGGAGAGCGUUACCAGAUAAGAAAGCCAGAAGACAACAAGAUUCUGCCAGCUGAAGGUUCUUUCACUGCCACAACGCAGAACCAAGAAGACUUCCACAGCACCAAGGGAGACCGCUUCGAUGCAAAAAGACCGCAAGACCAUGGAAUCCUACAGAACGAUGGCAGCUUUGUUGCUCGAACUCAAACCCAAGAAGACUUCACUGCAGUCAAAGGAGAGCGUUACCAGAUAAGAAAGCCAGAAGACAACAAGAUUCUGCCAGCUGAAGGUCCUUUCACUGCCACAACGCAGAACCAAGAAGACUUCCACAGCACCAAGGGAGACCGCUUCGAUGCAAAAAAAGACCGCAAGACCAUGGAAUCCUACAGAACGAUGGCAGCUUUGUUGCUCGAACUCAAACCCAAGAAGACUUCACUGCAGUCAAAGGAGAGCGUUACCAGAUAAGAAAGCCAGAAGACAACAAGAUUCUGCCAGCUGAAGGUUCUUUCACCGCCACAACGCAGAACCAAGAAGACUUCCACAGCACCAAGGGAGACCGCUUCGAUGCGAAAAAGCCGCAAGACCAUGGUAUCCUUCAGAACGAUGGCAGCUUUGUUGCUCGAACUCAAACCCAAGAAGACUUCACUGCAGUCAAAGGAGAGCGUUACCAGAUAAGAAAGCCAGAAGACAACAAGAUUCUGCCAGCUGAAGGUUCUUUCACUGCCACAACGCAGAACCAAGAAGACUUCCACAGCACCAAGGGAGACCGCUUCGAUGCAAAAAGACCGCAAGACCAUGGAAUCCUACAGAACGAUGGCAGCUUUGUUGCUCGAACUCAAACCCAAGAAGACUUCACUGCAGUCAAAGGAGAGCGUUACCAGAUAAGAAAGCCAGAAGACAACAAGAUUCUGCCAGCUGAAGGUUCUUUCACUGCCACAACGCAGAACCAGGAAGACUUCCACAGCACCAAGGGAGACCGCUUCGAUGCGAAAAAGCCGCAAGACCAUGGUAUCCUUCAGAACGAUGGCAGCUUUGUUGCUCGAACUCAAACCCAAGAAGACUUCACUGCAGUCAAAGGAGAGCGUUACCAGAUAAGAAAGCCAGAAGACAACAAGUUUCUGCCAGCUGAAGGUUCUUUCACUGCCACAACGCAGAACCAAGAAGACUUCCACAGCACCAAAGGAGACCGCUUCGAUGCAAAAAGACCGCAAGACCAUGGAAUCCUACAGAACGAUGGCAGCUUUGUUGCUCGAACUCAAACCCAAGAAGACUUCACUGCAGUCAAAGGAGAGCGUUACCAGAUAAGAAAGCCAGAAGACAACAAGAUUCUGCCAGCUGAAGGUUCUUUCACUGCCACAACGCAGAACCAAGAAGACUUCCACAGCACCAAGGGAGACCGCUUCGAUGCGAAAAAAAGCCGCAAGACCAUGGAAUCCUACAGAACGAUGGCAGCUUUGUUGCUCGAACUCAAACCCAAGAAGACUUCACUGCAGUCAAAGGAGAGCGUUACCAGAUAAGAAAGCCAGAAGACAACAAGAUUCUGCCAGCUGAAGGUUCUUUCACUGCCACAACGCAGAACCAAGAAGACUUUCACAGCACCAAAGGGAGACCGCUUCGAUGCGAAAAAAAGCCGCAAGACCAUGGUAUCCUUCAGAACGAUGGCAGCUUUGUUGCUCGAACUCAAACCCAAGAAGACUUCACUGCAGUCAAAGCAGAGCGUUACCAGAUAAGAAAGCCAGAAGACAGCAAGAUUCUGCCAGCUGAAGGUUCUUUCACUGCCACAACGCAGAACCAAGAAGACUUCCACAGCACCAAGGGAGACCGCUUCGAUGCGAAAAAGGCCGCAAGACCAUGGAAUCCUACAGAACGAUGGCAGCUUUGUUGCUCGAACUCAAACCCAAGAAGACUUCACUGCAGUCAAAGGAGAGCGUUACCAGAUAAGAAAGCCAGAAGACAACAAGAUUCUGCCAGCUGAAGGUUCUUUCACUGCCACAACGCAGAACCAAGAAGACUUCCACAGCACCAAGGGAGACCGCUUCGAUGCGAAAAAAAGCCGCAAGACCAUGGAAUCCUACAGAACGAUGGCAGCUUUGUUGCUCGAACUCAAACCCAAGAAGACUUCACUGCAGUCAAAGGAGAGCGUUACCAGAUAAGAAAGCCAGAAGACAACAAGAUUCUGCCAGCUGAAGGUUCUUUCACCGCCACAACGCAGAACCAAGAAGACUUCCACAGCACCAAGGGAGACCGCUUCGAUGCGAAAAAAAGCCGCAAGACCAUGGUAUCCUUCAGAACGAUGGCAGCUUUGUUGCUCGAACUCAAACCCAAGAAGACUUCACUGCAGUCAAAGGAGAGCGUUACCAGAUAAGAAAGCCAGAAGACAACAAGAUUCUGCCAGCUGAAGGUUCUUUCACUGCCACAACGCAGAACCAAGAAGACUUCCACAGCACCAAGGGAGACCGCUUCGAUGCGAAAAAGCCGCAAGACCAUGGUAUCCUUCAGAACGAUGGCAGCUUUGUUGCUCGAACUCAAACCCAAGAAGACUUCACUGCAGUCAAAGCAGAGCGUUACCAGAUAAGAAAGCCAGAAGACAGCAAGAUUCUGCCAGCUGAAGGUUCUUUCACUGCCACAACGCAGAACCAAGAAGACUUCCACAGCACCAAGGGAGACCGCUUCGAUGCGAAAAGGCCGCAAGACCAUGGAAUCCUACAGAACGAUGGCAGCUUUGUUGCUCGAACUCAAACCCAAAGAAGACUUCACUGCAGUCAAAGCAGAGCGUUACCAGAUAAGAAAGCCAGAAGACAGCAAGAUUCUGCCAGCUGAAGGUUCUUUCACUGCCACAACGCAGAACCAGGAAGACUUCCACAGCACCAAAGGGAGACCGCUUCGAUGCGAAAAAAAGCCGCAAGACCAUGGUAUCCUUCAGAACGAUGGCAGCUUUGUUGCUCGAACUCAAACCCAAGAAGACUUCACUGCAGUCAAAGGAGAGCGUUACCAGAUAAGAAAAGCCAGAAGACAACAAGAUUCUGCCAGCUGAAGGUUCUUUCACUGCCACAACGCAGAACCAGGAAGACUUCCACAGCACCAAGGGAGACCGCUUCGAUGCGAAAAAAAGCCGCAAGACCAUGGUAUCCUUCAGAACGAUGGCAGCUUUGUUGCUCGAACUCAAACCCAAGUAGACUUCACUGCAGUCAAAGGAGAGCGUUACCAGAUAAGAAAGCCAGAAGACAGCAAGAUUCUGCCAGCUGAAGGUUCUUUCACUGCCACAACGCAGAACCAAGAAGACUUCCACAGCACCAAGGGAGACCGCUUCGAUGCGAAAAAAAGCCGCAAGACCAUGGUAUCCUUCAGAACGAUGGCAGCUUUGUUGCUCGAACUCAAACCCAAGAAGACUUCACUGCAGUCAAAGGAGAGCGUUACCAGAUAAGAAAGCCAGAAGACAGCAAGAUUCUGCCAGCUGAAGGUUCUUUCACUGCCACAACGCAGAACCAAGAAGACUUCCACAGCACCAAGGGAGACCGCUUCGAUGCGAAAAAAAGCCGCAAGACCAUGGUAUCCUUCAGAACGAUGGCAGCUUUGUUGCUCGAACUCAAACCCAAGAAGACUUCACUGCAGUCAAAGGAGAGCGUUACCAGAUAAGAAAGCCAGAAGACAACAAGAUUCUGCCAGCUGAAGGUUCUUUCACUGCCACAACGCAGAACCAGGAAGACUUCCACAGCACCAAGGGGAGACCGCUUCGAUGCGAAAAAAAGCCGCAAGACCAUGGUAUCCUUCAGAACGAUGGCAGCUUUGUUGCUCGAACUCAAACCCAAGUAGACUUCACUGCAGUCAAAGGAGAGCGUUACCAGAUAAGAAAGCCAGAAGACAACAAGAUUCUGCCAGCUGAAGGUUCUUUCACUGCCACAACGCAGAACCAGGAAGACUUCCACAGCACCAAGGGAGACCGCUUCGAUGCGAAAAAAAGCCGCAAGACCAUGGUAUCCUUCAGAACGAUGGCAGCUUUGUUGCUCGAACUCAAACCCAAGAAGACUUCACUGCAGUCAAAGCAGAGCGUUACCAGAUAAAAAAAGCCAGAAGACAGCAAGAUUCUGCCAGCUGAAGGUUCUUUCACUGCCACAACGCAGAACCAAGAAGACUUCCACAGCACCAAGGGAGACCGCUUCGAUGCGAAAAAAGGCCGCAAGACCAUGGAAUCCUACAGAACGAUGGCAGCUUUGUUGCUCGAACUCAAACCCAAGAAGACUUCACUGCAGUCAAAGGAGAGCGUUACCAGAUAAGAAAGCCAGAAGACAACAAGAUUCUGCCAGCUGAAGGUUCUUUCACUGCCACAACGCAGAACCAAGAAGACUUCCACAGCACCAAGGGAGACCGCUUCGAUGCGAAAAAGCCGCAAGACCAUGGAAUCCUACAGAACGAUGGCAGCUUUGUUGCUCGAACUCAAACCCAAGAAGACUUCACUGCAGUCAAAGGAGAGCGUUACCAGAUAAGAAAGCCAGAAGACAACAAGAUUCUGCCAGCUGAAGGUUCUUUCACCGCCACAACGCAGAACCAAGAAGACUUCCACAGCACCAAGGGAGACCGCUUCGAUGCGAAAAAGCCGCAAGACCAUGGUAUCCUUCAGAACGAUGGCAGCUUUGUUGCUCGAACUCAAACCCAAGAAGACUUCACUGCAGUCAAAGGAGAGCGUUACCAGAUAAGAAAGCCAGAAGACAACAAGAUUCUGCCAGCUGAAGGUUCUUUCACUGCCACAACGCAGAACCAAGAAGACUUCCACAGCACCAAGGGAGACCGCUUCGAUGCGAAAAAGCCGCAAGACCAUGGUAUCCUUCAGAACGAUGGCAGCUUUGUUGCUCGAACUCAAACCCAAGAAGACUUCACUGCAGUCAAAGCAGAGCGUUACCAGAUAAGAAAGCCAGAAGACAGCAAGAUUCUGCCAGCUGAAGGUUCUUUCACUGCCACAACGCAGAACCAAGAAGACUUCCACAGCACCAAGGGAGACCGCUUCGAUGCGAAAAAAAGCCGCAAGACCAUGGAAUCCUACAGAACGAUGGCAGCUUUGUUGCUCGAACUCAAACCCAAGAAGACUUCACUGCAGUCAAAGGAGAGCGUUACCAGAUAAGAAAGCCAGAAGACAACAAGAUUCUGCCAGCUGAAGGUUCUUUCACCGCCACAACGCAGAACCAAGAAGACUUCCACAGCACCAAGGGAGACCGCUUCGAUGCGAAAAAAAGCCGCAAGACCAUGGUAUCCUUCAGAACGAUGGCAGCUUUGUUGCUCGAACUCAAACCCAAGAAGACUUCACUGCAGUCAAAGGAGAGCGUUACCAGAUAAGAAAGCCAGAAGACAACAAGAUUCUGCCAGCUGAAGGUUCUUUCACUGCCACAACGCAGAACCAAGAAGACUUCCACAGCACCAAGGGAGACCGCUUCGAUGCGAAAAAAAGCCGCAAGACCAUGGUAUCCUUCAGAACGAUGGCAGCUUUGUUGCUCGAACUCAAACCCAAGAAGACUUCACUGCAGUCAAAGGAGAGCGUUACCAGAUAAGAAAGCCAGAAGACAACAAGAUUCUGCCAGCUGAAGGUUCUUUCACUGCCACAACGCAGAACCAAGAAGACUUCCACAGCACCAAGGGAGACCGCUUCGAUGCGAAAAAAAGCCGCAAGACCAUGGUAUCCUUCAGAACGAUGGCAGCUUUGUUGCUCGAACUCAAACCCAAGAAGACUUCACUGCAGUCAAAGCAGAGCGUUACCAGAUAAGAAAGCCAGAAGACAACAAGAUUCUGCCAGCUGAAGGUUCUUUCACUGCCACAACGCAGAACCAAGAAGACUUCCACAGCACCAAGGGAGACCGCUUCGAUGCGAAAAAGGCCGCAAGACCAUGGAAUCCUACAGAACGAUGGCAGCUUUGUUGCUCGAACUCAAACCCAAGAAGACUUCACUGCAGUCAAAGGAGAGCGUUACCAGAUAAGAAAGCCAGAAGACAACAAGAUUCUGCCAGCUGAAGGUUCUUUCACUGCCACAACGCAGAACCAAGAAGACUUCCACAGCACCAAGGGAGACCGCUUCGAUGCGAAAAAAAGCCGCAAGACCAUGGUAUCCUUCAGAACGAUGGCAGCUUUGUUGCUCGAACUCAAACCCAAGAAGACUUCACUGCAGUCAAAGGAGAGCGUUACCAGAUAAGAAAGCCAGAAGACAACAAGAUUCUGCCAGCUGAAGGUUCUUUCACUGCCACAACGCAGAACCAAGAAGACUUCCACAGCACCAAGGGAGACCGCUUCGAUGCGAAAAAAAGCCGCAAGACCAUGGUAUCCUUCAGAACGAUGGCAGCUUUGUUGCUCGAACUCAAACCCAAGAAGACUUCACUGCAGUCAAAGGAGAGCGUUACCAGAUAAGAAAGCCAGAAGACAACAAGAUUCUGCCAGCUGAAGGUUCUUUCACUGCCACAACGCAGAACCAGGAAGACUUCCACAGCACCAAGGGAGACCGCUUCGAUGCGAAAAAAGCCGCAAGACCAUGGUAUCCUUCAGAACGAUGGCAGCUUUGUUGCUCGAACUCAAACCCAAGUAGACUUCACUGCAGUCAAAGGAGAGCGUUACCAGAUAAGAAAGCCAGAAGACAACAAGAUUCUGCCAGCUGAAGGUUCUUUCACUGCCACAACGCAGAACCAAGAAGACUUCCACAGCACCAAGGGAGACCGCUUCGAUGCGAAAAAGCCGCAAGACCAUGGUAUCCUUCAGAACGAUGGCAGCUUUGUUGCUCGAACUCAAACCCAAGAAGACUUCACUGCAGUCAAAGGAGAGCGUUAUCAGAUAAGAAAGCCAGAAGACAACAAGAUUCUGCCAGCUGAAGGUUCUUUCACUGCCACAACGCAGAACCAAGAAGACUUCCACAGCACCAAGGGAGACCGCUUCGAUGCGAAAAAAAGCCGCAAGACCAUGGUAUCCUUCAGAACGAUGGCAGCUUUGUUGCUCGAACUCAAACCCAAGAAGACUUCACUGCAGUCAAAGGAGAGCGUUACCAGAUAAGAAAGCCAGAAGACAACAAGAUUCUGCCAGCUGAAGGUUCUUUCACUGCCACAACGCAGAACCAGGAAGACUUCCACAGCACCAAGGGAGACCGCUUCGAUGCGAAAAAAAGCCGCAAGACCAUGGUAUCCUUCAGAACGAUGGCAGCUUUGUUGCUCGAACUCAAACCCAAGUAGACUUCACUGCAGUCAAAGGAGAGCGUUACCAGAUAAGAAAGCCAGAAGACAACAAGAUUCUGCCAGCUGAAGGUUCUUUCACUGCCACAACGCAGAACCAAGAAGACUUCCACAGCACCAAGGGAGACCGCUUCGAUGCGAAAAAGCCGCAAGACCAUGGUAUCCUUCAGAACGAUGGCAGCUUUGUUGCUCGAACUCAAACCCAAGAAGACUUCACUGCAGUCAAAGGAGAGCGUUAUCAGAUAAGAAAGCCAGAAGACAACAAGAUUCUGCCAGCUGAAGGUUCUUUCACUGCCACAACGCAGAACCAAGAAGACUUCCACAGCACCAAGGGAGACCGCUUCGAUGCGAAAAAAAGCCGCAAGACCAUGGUAUCCUUCAGAACGAUGGCAGCUUUGUUGCUCGAACUCAAACCCAAGUAGACUUCACUACAGUCAAAGGAGAGCGUUACCAGAUAAGAAAGCCAGAAGACAACAAGAUUCUGCCAGCUGAAGGUUCUUUCACUGCCACAACGCAGAACCAAGAAGACUUCCACAGCACCAAGGGAGACCGCUUCGAUGCGAAAAAGCCGCAAGACCAUGGUAUCCUUCAGAACGAUGGCAGCUUUGUUGCUCGAACUCAAACCCAAGUAGACUUCACUGCAGUCAAAGGAGAGCGUUACCAGAUAAGAAAGCCAGAAGACAACAAGAUUCUGCCAGCUGAAGGUUCUUUCACUGCCACAACGCAGAACCAAGAAGACUUCCACAGCACCAAGGGAGACCGCUUCGAUGCGAAAAAAAGCCGCAAGACCAUGGUAUCCUUCAGAACGAUGGCAGCUUUGUUGCUCGAACUCAAACCCAAGAAGACUUCACUGCAGUCAAAGGAGAGCGUUAUCAGAUAAGAAAGCCAGAAGACAACAAGAUUCUGCCAGCUGAAGGUUCUUUCACUGCCACAACGCAGAACCAAGAAGACUUCCACAGCACCAAGGGAGACCGCUUCGAUGCGAAAAAAAGCCGCAAGACCAUGGUAUCCUUCAGAACGAUGGCAGCUUUGUUGCUCGAACUCAAACCCAAGUAGACUUCACUGCAGUCAAAGGAGAGCGUUACCAGAUAAGAAAGCCAGAAGACAACAAGAUUCUGCCAGCUGAAGGUUCUUUCACUGCCACAACGCAGAACCAAGAAGACUUCCACAGCACCAAGGGAGACCGCUUCGAUGCGAAAAAAAGCCGCAAGACCAUGGUAUCCUUCAGAACGAUGGCAGCUUUGUUGCUCGAACUCAAACCCAAGAAGACUUCACUGCAGUCAAAGGAGAGCGUUAUCAGAUAAGAAAGCCAGAAGACAACAAGAUUCUGCCAGCUGAAGGUUCUUUCACUGCCACAACGCAGAACCAAGAAGACUUCCACAGCACCAAGGGAGACCGCUUCGAUGCGAAAAAAAGCCGCAAGACCAUGGUAUCCUUCAGAACGAUGGCAGCUUUGUUGCUCGAACUCAAACCCAAGUAGACUUCACUGCAGUCAAAGGAGAGCGUUACCAGAUAAGAAAGCCAGAAGACAACAAGAUUCUGCCAGCUGAAGGUUCUUUCACUGCCACAACGCAGAACCAAGAAGACUUCCACAGCACCAAGGGAGACCGCUUCGAUGCGAAAAAAAGCCGCAAGACCAUGGUAUCCUUCAGAACGAUGGCAGCUUUGUUGCUCGAACUCAAACCCAAGAAGACUUCACUGCAGUCAAAGGAGAGCGUUAUCAGAUAAGAAAGCCAGAAGACAACAAGAUUCUGCCAGCUGAAGGUUCUUUCACUGCCACAACGCAGAACCAAGAAGACUUCCACAGCACCAAGGGAGACCGCUUCGAUGCGAAAAAAAGCCGCAAGACCAUGGUAUCCUUCAGAACGAUGGCAGCUUUGUUGCUCGAACUCAAACCCAAGAAGACUUCACUGCAGUCAAAGGAGAGCGUUACCAGAUAAGAAAGCCAGAAGACAACAAGAUUCUGCCAGCUGAAGGUUCUUUCACUGCCACAACGCAGAACCAAGAAGACUUCCACAGCACCAAGGGAGACCGCUUCGAUGCGAAAAAAAGCCGCAAGACCAUGGUAUCCUUCAGAACGAUGGCAGCUUUGUUGCUCGAACUCAAACCCAAGAAGACUUCACUGCAGUCAAAGGAGAGCGUUACCAGAUAAGAAAGCCAGAAGACAACAAGAUUCUGCCAGCUGAAGGUUCUUUCACUGCCACAACGCAGAACCAGGAAGACUUCCACAGCACCAAGGGAGACCGCUUCGAUGCGAAAAAAAGCCGCAAGACCAUGGUAUCCUUCAGAACGAUGGCAGCUUUGUUGCUCGAACUCAAACCCAAGUAGACUUCACUGCAGUCAAAGGAGAGCGUUACCAGAUAAGAAAGCCAGAAGACAACAAGAUUCUGCCAGCUGAAGGUUCUUUCACUGCCACAACGCAGAACCAAGAAGACUUCCACAGCACCAAGGGAGACCGCUUCGAUGCGAAAAAAAGCCGCAAGACCAUGGUAUCCUUCAGAACGAUGGCAGCUUUGUUGCUCGAACUCAAACCCAAGAAGACUUCACUGCAGUCAAAGGAGAGCGUUAUCAGAUAAGAAAGCCAGAAGACAACAAGAUUCUGCCAGCUGAAGGUUCUUUCACUGCCACAACGCAGAACCAAGAAGACUUCCACAGCACCAAGGGAGACCGCUUCGAUGCGAAAAAAGCCGCAAGACCAUGGUAUCCUUCAGAACGAUGGCAGCUUUGUUGCUCGAACUCAAACCCAAAGAAGACUUCACUGCAGUCAAAGGAGAGCGUUAUCAGAUAAGAAAGCCAGAAGACAACAAGAUUCUGCCAGCUGAAGGUUCUUUCACUGCCACAACGCAGAACCAAGAAGACUUCCACAGCACCAAGGGGAGACCGCUUCGAUGCGAAAAAAAGCCGCAAGACCAUGGUAUCCUUCAGAACGAUGGCAGCUUUGUUGCUCGAACUCAAACCCAAGAAGACUUCACUGCAGUCAAAGGAGAGCGUUAUCAGAUAAGAAAGCCAGAAGACAACAAGAUUCUGCCAGCUGAAGGUUCUUUCACUGCCACAACGCAGAACCAAGAAGACUUCCACAGCACCAAGGGAGACCGCUUCGAUGCGAAAAAAAGCCGCAAGACCAUGGUAUCCUUCAGAACGAUGGCAGCUUUGUUGCUCGAACUCAAACCCAAGUAGACUUCACUGCAGUCAAAGGAGAGCGUUACCAGAUAAGAAAGCCAGAAGACAACAAGAUUCUGCCAGCUGAAGGUUCUUUCACUGCCACAACGCAGAACCAAGAAGACUUCCACAGCACCAAGGGAGACCGCUUCGAUGCGAAAAAAAGCCGCAAGACCAUGGUAUCCUUCAGAACGAUGGCAGCUUUGUUGCUCGAACUCAAACCCAAAGAAGACUUCACUGCAGUCAAAGGAGAGCGUUAUCAGAUAAGAAAGCCAGAAGACAACAAGAUUCUGCCAGCUGAAGGUUCUUUCACUGCCACAACGCAGAACCAAGAAGACUUCCACAGCACCAAGGGAGACCGCUUCGAUGCGAAAAAAAGCCGCAAGACCAUGGUAUCCUUCAGAACGAUGGCAGCUUUGUUGCUCGAACUCAAACCCAAGAAGACUUCACUGCAGUCAAAGGAGAGCGUUAUCAGAUAAGAAAGCCAGAAGACAACAAGAUUCUGCCAGCUGAAGGUUCUUUCACUGCCACAACGCAGAACCAAGAAGACUUCCACAGCACCAAGGGAGACCGCUUCGAUGCGAAAAAAAGCCGCAAGACCAUGGUAUCCUUCAGAACGAUGGCAGCUUUGUUGCUCGAACUCAAACCCAAGAAGACUUCACUGCAGUCAAAGGAGAGCGUUAUCAGAUAAGAAAGCCAGAAGACAACAAGAUUCUGCCAGCUGAAGGUUCUUUCACUGCCACAACGCAGAACCAAGAAGACUUCCACAGCACCAAGGGAGACCGCUUCGAUGCGAAAAAAAGCCGCAAGACCAUGGUAUCCUUCAGAACGAUGGCAGCUUUGUUGCUCGAACUCAAACCCAAGUAGACUUCACUGCAGUCAAAGGAGAGCGUUACCAGAUAAGAAAGCCAGAAGACAACAAGAUUCUGCCAGCUGAAGGUUCUUUCACUGCCACAACGCAGAACCAAGAAGACUUCCACAGCACCAAGGGAGACCGCUUCGAUGCGAAAAAAAGCCGCAAGACCAUGGUAUCCUUCAGAACGAUGGCAGCUUUGUUGCUCGAACUCAAACCCAAGAAGACUUCACUGCAGUCAAAGGAGAGCGUUAUCAGAUAAGAAAGCCAGAAGACAACAAGAUUCUGCCAGCUGAAGGUUCUUUCACUGCCACAACGCAGAACCAAGAAGACUUCCACAGCACCAAGGGAGACCGCUUCGAUGCGAAAAAAAGCCGCAAGACCAUGGUAUCCUUCAGAACGAUGGCAGCUUUGUUGCUCGAACUCAAACCCAAGAAGACUUCACUGCAGUCAAAGGAGAGCGUUACCAGAUAAGAAAGCCAGAAGACAACAAGAUUCUGCCAGCUGAAGGUUCUUUCACUGCCACAACGCAGAGCCAAGAAGACUUCCACAGCACCAAGGGAGACCGCUUCGAUGCAAAAAGGCCGCAAGACCAUGGUAUCCUUCAGAACGAUGGCAGCUUUGUUGCUCGAACUCAAACCCAAGAAGACUUCACUGCAGUCAAAGGAGAGCGUUACCAGAUAAGAAAGCCAGAAGACAACAAGAUUCUGCCGGCUGAAGGUUCUUUCCCUGCUACUUCCCAUUACAAAACAGUGUUCACACGAGAUAGCAUUAAAAAAGUUCCAUCUCCCCAAAACUCCAUCGAAAGUAGUGCAUCGACUCGUUUAAGUUCCACGGGGAAUGCAAAGCAGCAAUCGUCUUCUCAGAAAAUCAUUUCGGUAGUCAGAAUUUUUUUUUUCAAACAAAUUUUUUUUUCCAGGAACCAGCUUCAAAGUUGCAACCGCCUGUUCACACUUCAAGGAAUGUGACGACUGUGACAAGUUCCUCAAAGAAAGUUUGCUCAAGUGGUGGUAUGUUAGAUUUCCGUACUUAUUUAAAUUUCGUUUUACUGCAGAAAAAAGUCAGAAAUCAGAAAGCUCUGUGCACACUACAGUGUCUUCAUCUGUUAACGGCGUCCAAACACUCAAAAGCAACUACGACUCGGUUUCGUUGAAUUUUCUACGGAAAUCAACUUUUUUUUCUUCUCAGAACUUUCAAUAUCGUCCGGUGCCCUGCAUAGCUGGAGAACUUCUGGAAUCGGUGCGUCAGAACCACAUCGACACCACAAAUUUCAAGUAUCAAAAAAGUAACAGUGGCCAUCACUUUUACAAGGAGAAAAAAAUAAUCGACAUUUUUUUGUUUCAAUUUUUUUGUACAUUCAAUUGACUGCGGGAUUUUUCUCAUUGUAUUUAAUGACUUUUUUUCAGUUUAUUUUUGCUGAUUUAUGAAUUUUUCUCAUUUUCAUGAAUAAAUGGUAUGAGCUUCUCAGUGACUUUGGAAAAUUUCAUUCACAGAACCGCCCAGUUUCUCAUCCUGCUUGUGUAGAAAAAGCAUGGUCUCCACUAAGAGCUAGCACUAAAUGAAGGAUGAGCGCUUUUCACAUCAAAGGGAUGAUGCAGAUGUACAAGAAACUUAAGCAAGGUUCAGAUUGAUCCCCAUGAAAAUAUAGAAUUCAAACUACCUUCAUGAGUAAAACUGUAGCUCGACUUUGGUUAUUUUAAAAAACUUCAGAGCCCGAGAAUAAAACUUUCUUCGUUGUACUAAAAUGCCCAAUAACACUUGAAGAGGGAAAAAAAGGUUUUCAGUUGUUUUGCUGCGUCGCAGUGAGUAUGCGUCAAGUCAUAAGCUUGGUUAAUGUGUUAACUUUCUGAUCUAGGCCCUAAUGCAGCUGCAGCCACGGGGUAGGAGUCAUUAGUGGGCGCAACGAAACUCUGUUAGCGAACUCAGUUUGUCCGACCUGUUGUCAUAGAGAUUUCGGGCUGAAGUUAUCAUUACCGCUCCACGCUUCAAGUUUUCCGACAAAAGCCUCAUUUAGAAGAUCCGUUUCUACGUUUGUUUUUGAAUCGGAAUGGCGUCAAAGAAGCGAUAUCUCAAAACGCUGAUCUCAAAACCAUUUCUUCUCGUUUUCAUGAGCUUUCUUUUGAAAAAAUUAUUUCGAGUGAAGUAAUUUUUUUUUGUCUUACAAAAGAGGUUCAGAAUUUAUUAACACGAGAUGUCGAGAAAUUAUUUGCCACCUCCUCUCCUCUUUAAAAAGUUCAUUUGAAAGUUUUUAUUUUCAAAACUAAAACCUUGCUCAGGUAGCGACUAUUGAAGAAGUCAUCAAGACUUCCCUGAGUGUGCAGAAAUCUUCGCAGAAACUCUGGAACAUCAAGAAAGUCUUUGAAUCAAAAAUUUUGGAAAAAAUGAACUGUUUUUGACAUUUUUUGUAAAUUUGUUUCAAACCAAUGAUUCGUAUUUUUUGUUGGAUUUUCUCAUCGAUUUCUCAUGAAAAUUCAUUCUUCUUUUCUCUUUCUGACAGAAAAAAAAGAGUAUGAAACCAUUCUCUCCUUUCAGUGCUGUCGAAUGCAUCGUCGAAUUGCAGAAAGCGAGCAAAUUUCCGAGCAGGUUUGCCAUAUUUUGUUUCAUUUUCAAUCACUGCCUUUCCUGUUUUCAGGCUCGAGAAAGAAGGAGAGAACGGCAUUUCCGCAACCGAUAUGCUAAUGAUUUCGUGAAUACAAAGGUGGUUUUUUAAUAUGUACUUCUGAAUCCAACUAUUCAUUCUUCAGGCAUGUUUGAUUUGCUUGUUGUUUCUCAGUUUCCACAUAGCGCACGGUCAUCGCACUAUGCUGCUGCUGUUUCAGUUUGAAGAAAAGACGAGAGACGACUGA